GCCAUUUUCUUUUAAGCUGUGUGAGAUAUGGCGUAUUAACUGGACUGUUAUUUACCGUUCUAGAAUACUUAUGUGUUUUAUAGACUUUAUUAUGAUAUGUUAAAGUAGCUUACAUGAGUACGGUCAGCAGUGACAUAGUCAAAAUAAUCGGAAGCCACUCGUUGUGGGGCUUUUGGGGGAGAGAUGAAUAAAUGUGGCUGGGAAGAAUGUACAGAUGAAGAAAGCUCCAACAGUUCUUCUUCAAGUAGUGAAUCUGAUCCCGAGACUGAUUCCCCUGGACAACCUCAUGAUAAGAUAUUUUCAGUAGAACAGACAAACUUCAAGAAAGGGCAGUUAAAACUGAAAAUCUCUGUUAAAGGUCACAAAAAUGAAACAAAUUAUCCACAAUUUGUUAAUGAAAGACUGUGUGAAGCAGAGACUAAAAUAAGAUCAAAGACUGAUACAAAGUUUUUAUCUUGUGGUGGAGAUGAUGAAUCAGCUGUUCCAAUGGAUCCUAAUUUGGUAAAAGGUAAAUCCUCCCAGAGCCGCAAUGUAUUUGAUACAAGUGCAAGCUGGUUAUCGCCACCAUCUCAAGACACAAGGUUUCCUAAUCCACCAUCCAGAUCUAAUCAUCGUUUAAAUGUGUUAAAACAGAAUAAAAGAUGUGACUUGUCAGCUAAAAGUGGUUCUGAAUCUGAUCGUGAAUAUUCAGGAGAUUGUGCUACUGACACUGAAACGUCUUCUAAAAUAAGUGAUGGUAUCAUAGCCCCAGGUUCAAUUCCUACAUGUAGCUACAUAUCAACUGACGAGGAUGGAGAUGAUCGACAUUUGAAACUCUCAAAACAUUCUCGCCCUUUAGAUGGGACAGAACACAUAUUAAAAUUAGAUUCCAUGCCUAAUGUGUCUCCGGAUAGUGGCAUACAAUCUAUAGGAGGGUCACCAUCUGGAAAUGACUCUCCUAAUUCUGUCAGUCAUGGGGACAGUGGUAGUGGUAUUCUUCUUAAUGAACAACAUCAAAUGGUAGAAUCUUGCAUUAAUAAAAACAAUAUCAGUACUGAUUAUAAAAAAUCAUCUGCAAAUGAUGCAGAAAUGACAACAUCCAAGUCUAAAGAGACAAAUGUGUUUGCAGAAAGUGUUUAUAUGAAGAGUAUUGGUAGUGUCGGUUGUGAAGAACAAAGUAAAAAUGAAACUCAACCUAUUGAAGUUAAGCGAACUGUGGGUAGACCACCGAAAAGAAAAAAAUUUGAAUAUUUAAGCAAAUACAAACAGAGUUCUCUUUAUUCAAACAAUUUGGAUAGCUCGAAUUCAAGGAUAUCAAAUGAAGGAAAAAGUCAGUUUCUGACAUCUGAAAAUUCACAAAUUUUCUCAAGGACGAAUGUGGAUGGGGGUGUUAUUGAGCCUCCUGUUAAAAAACGUGGACCUGGUAGGCCUAAAGGUUCUCGUAACAAAGCUCCAUCAGCCAAAAAGAAGGCUGUAUCGGUUCUUUCCCGAAAAGGUCAACAAAAAACUAAAGGUCGGAAACCAGGACGACCAAAAAUUCUUAAGAAUAAUAAUUUGAAAACUCCCCCAAACACAAACAAUGGUGAACCAACUGUUAAAAGAAAACCGGGCAGGCCUCGGAAACACCCCCUUCCUGUUUCUAAUACAUUUGAAUCAAAUUCUGUAGAAAAAAGACUAUCUAAUAACACAGAAUUUGAUUCUAUACUUCAAAGUGUGGCUAGAAAUAUCUCCCAAUUUGAUAGUAAAGAUGAUCAGAAUGAUUUUGAAAUGGGUGACUGUUCUAGCAAUCAUCAACUGUUUACUGCCAGCCCCGCUAAACCUGUACCAAAACCAACCCCAAAGAUACGUAAACCAAAGUUACAUGUCAUGAUGCGACGGCAUAAAAAGAAAGGGAGAAAAAAGAAAUUCCCCAAACAAAACAUGGGAGGCUUUGGUGGCUUCCCUGCAAAAAAUUCAAGUCCUACAUUUGCCAAAAUCAAACCCGGUCGAAUGGCCAAGGCUACGACUAGCCAUUCUAGCCAAUCUAGCCAAUUUUCCAUGUUCGACUCCAUGACAAAAUUUAGAGCACCAACAUCAGACACAAUUGUAGAACCCAGUCCAACUAAUGCCUUUUCUUUUGCUUAUGGACAACAAGACAGUGACCUGGACAAGAAGAAAAAACGCAAUAAAAAAUUACUUUAUUUUAAAUCGAAACAUCGGAAUAUUAUUGACCCAGUUUUGAAUGCAAACUUUAGUGAGAUAAUGAGUGGUAUGGAUAAACUAGCUAUAUCGGAGAAACCAGGCGAGACAUAUAUUCGUGUACGACCUGGUGAGGUGUUACUACCAAGUAUCUUCAGGUUGACAAAAAUCAAUGUGAAGAAAAAGAAAAAAGAGAAACUGGUGAUCGAAAAACCAAAAAAACCCAAACAACAUGUACCUAAAGAAAUACUGUUGGAACCAAUGUUUAAAGAGAGGGGUAAACCAGGUAGAAAGAAAUUGUGCAGUGUGUCUGAAGAUACUUCAGGUAUAAUCCAUGAUGAAUCUGCAGAUGUUCAACCUUGUAUUAACCAACAAUGUUUACCACCAAAGAAACGCCACAAAAUGUUUAUUUCAUCGCCCCCAAUGCCUGUUCUGGAACUAGAUCAGCCAGAUGGAGCUGCCCGAACCCCUGAAAAACGUAAAGUGGGUCGUCCUCGUAAACAUCCACUACCUUCUGCCAAGAUAACAGAUGCAGGUCCUAGUACAUCUUCUGUUGACAAUGUGUUCACACAAUUAUCUCCAAGCUACCAGUUCUCCUUACCAUCAGCGAAAUGGGGCUCAUUUGAAUUCCAAAAUAAUAAUACUGACAAAAAUAUACUUCUGUCUCCAUCUCCAUCCAAACAACCAAAGAAAGAUGCCAAAUUUCCAUUAUUGGUAGAAAAAUCUGUUUUUAGUAUUGUGAACUUAUCGUCUGAGAUUACUUCUGAUAAAGAAGCCAACCUAAGUGUAAAAACUUCAAGUACAGAAUCAUGUACUAGUUGUCAAGAUCUGCAAUCUCCCACUAGAAUUAAGGCAGCAAAACUCAGUCCUAGUCCAAAAUCUCAAAUAAAAGAGACCAAUCAAAUUAAACGUCAGUAUGUUCGCAAACAAAAACUUGAUUUACAUGCUAGUACAAAUGAUAAAGAACAGACUAGCAGCGAGGACUCUCCGCCAAAAUUGAAACACAGGAAAAAGUCCAAAUUUCAUAAUUUAAGUGAUGCUAGUGUAAGUGAUACAGUUGUCAGUUCUAUGAAUGUCGACAACGCAAAUAAAACGUGCAAUAAUAAUUCCAUGUGUGAAUCUGUGAUAUCUGCAUCUGUGUGUUCUACUGUGACUAGUUCUAGUUCGACAAUUGCGUUGUCAUCUGAACGUAAGCGUAAACAAACGACUUGUAAAUAUAGUGAUAAGGACUUGGAUAAUAAUACUAGAGACGUCAUCCGACCCAUCAGCAUUGAAGAACCACAAGAAGAGCCCUCAUCAAGUUCUCCAUCUAAAGAAAGUAAGAAUUCGACAAGUAGUAGUAGUACCAAUGAAGAUAGAAAUGAAUCAAGAGUACAGCUUAGUAAAAGUCAACCAAGAAAGAAGUACCAGCGUGUUGGAUUAUUUUCUGACUUUUAUAAAGAAGAUGAACCAAGAAAACGACUAGAAGCAGUGAGUCGAUGUCGAGAGAAAACAGUGUAUAAUAGACAUGACUAUGAUCAUGAUCUUUUACCAGAACCCGUCCAUAUUAGGGAGUUAUUUCAAGAUAAAAUCUUUGACUUUCAACUACCCUAUGAUAUCUGGUGGUUGUAUCAUAAUGAUAUGUUACCGAAAAAGGAAGAUACAAGACCCAAAUAUAAAAAGAUUAGGAAUAAUGUUUAUGUAGAUAUAAAGCCUACAGUAUCAGGGAAAAAACAUGAACCUAAUCCUUGUAACUGUAGAAGACCACGCGACAAUGAAAUUGGCUGUUUAGAAGACUGUCUGAAUAGGAUGAUAUAUACUGAAUGUAGUCCCAACAACUGUCCAUGUGAAGAUAAGUGUUCUAAUCAGAGAAUCAGUAAACAUGAAUGGUCUAAAGGUUUAGAAGAAUUUCUUACAGAAGAACGAGGCUAUGGUGUUCUUACAACAAAACCUAUCAAAAAUGGUGAUUUUAUCUUGGAAUAUUUAGGAGAAGUUGUUAGUGAACAGGAGUUCAGACGACGUAUGACUGAAGAUUAUUCAUUAGACUGUCACCAUUAUUGUCUUAGUUUAGAUAGUGGUAUGGUUAUAGAUGGUUAUAGAAUGGCUAAUGUAGGACGCUUUGUUAAUCAUUCUUGUCAACCUAACUGUGAGAUGCAAAAAUGGACUGUAAAUGGACUGAACAGAAUGGUGUUAUUUGCAUUAAGAGAUAUCCAGCCAAUGGAAGAAUUAACAUAUGAUUAUAACUUUGAUUCUUUCAAUAUGGAGACACAGCAAGUAUGUAAAUGUGGUAGUGAUAUAUGUCGUGGUGUUAUUGGUGGUAAAACACAGAGAAAUAACCAGGUCCGUGAUAAAACAACACCCUCUAGACCAGUUGGUAGACCACCUAAAGAUAAACGCAAAUCAAAGUUAAAGUUAAAAAAGUUCAAAGAAAAGAUCAAGUCACAAGAGAAUAAUAGUGCUAGUAAACUGUGUACUCAAACUGUGAUAAAACCUAUGUCUAACAGAGAGCGGACAUAUGCUAUUAAACAUGGUGUAUUUCUUGUGAGGAAUAUAGAUAAAAAUAAACAAAGGAAAUCAAAACGUAAAUCAGUAACACCCGAAUCAUCAAACGUCCAACCAACUGAAAAUACUGUGAUACAACCAGAAUUAAUCAGAACCCAGCUAGACGACAGAUCUGUUAAAACCAGACUUGUUGCACGAGCUGCUGAAAAUCCUGAAUUACAGAAACGAUGUCGCCUGAUACAGUUAUUUAAUAAAGUUUACACUACUAUAGCUACGUAUAAAGAUGAAGAUGACAAUAUCUUAGCUACACCAUUGAUGAGUUUACCAUCUAAGAAGAAAUAUGCUGAUUAUUAUAAGAUGAUAGAAGAACCUAUAGAUCUUACAAUGAUUAAACAGAGGAUACAGAAAGGAGAUUAUGAUUCUUUAGAUGCCUUAGAUAAAGAUAUUCUUCAACUCUUCCGUAAUGUUGAGCGAUAUUGUGGUAGAAAGUCUGAUAUGGGUAGAUUAGUAUUGAAGUUGAGAAAAGUUUAUUGUGCAGCUAAAAAUGAAGUAAUACCUCAAAUAGAUGAUAUUAUGGUGGAUGGUCGUUGUAUAUCUAAUACACCACCUAUAGCACCACCAGAAAUUGAUACAGAAAGUAUACAAAAUAGAGCUGUUAGAGAUCCACCAGAUGAAGAAGAAGAGAUAAUAAGAUGCGUAUGUAAUGUAUUUAGAGAUGAAGGUUUAAUGAUCAUGUGUGAGAAGUGUUAUAUAUGGCAACAUUGUGAUUGUGUAGGAGCAUCAGGUGAUGAAGAACAUUAUUUAUGUGAACAGUGUGAUGGUAGAACAUACGACAGGGAAAUAAAACUGAUACCUCAACCUACAGAUGGUGAACCAGAGAAUGAUUAUUAUAUGACAUUAUUACGUGAUGAAGAUUUACAGAUAGCUAUAGGAGAAUGUGUUUAUAUUUUACGUGAUUAUAAACGUAAUAGUGAUGGCACAUUAGAUAAACGAUCUCACCACCAUUAUGCUGAUGUUAGUCCCGAUCAAUUAGAUAUAUUUCGUGUUGAAAGAUUAUGGAAAAAUAAAGCAGGUGAGAAGUUUGCUGAUGGUCAUCCAUUUGUUAGACCACAUGAAACAUUUCAUGAACCAACCCGAAAAUUCUUCCCUAAUGAGGUAUUCCGUUUACCAACAUUAGAGAUAGUACCUAUAGAAACUAUGAUAGGAACUUGUUGUGUUAUGGAUCUCUAUACAUAUUGUAAAGGCCGUCCUAAAGGUGUUAAAGAGAAAGAUAUCUAUAUCUGUGAAUAUAGAGUAGAUAAAACGGCUCAUCUCUUCUAUAAAAUAGUCAAAAAUUGGUAUCCAAUUAAUACAAAAUCUUACUGUUUUAACACCUUUAAAGAAAAGCUCAAUGCUAAAAGAACUUAUUCUCCUCAUCAGGUACCUGAAGAAUAUCUGCGUCGUACUGAUAAACAGAACGUUACUACCUCUAAAAAUGACAACUCAAACAAGAAAGAUGACAAAAAGAAAUCAGACUCUGAAUAUACAAAAUCUUCCACUUCAAAAACCAAAACAAUAUCAAUAAUGGAGAGAAAAGAGAAGAUAAGUAAGAUAGUUAGAGAUCUGUCUAUAGCUGUGAAUAUGCCAGCUGGUUAUAAUGACAUUACAUAUUUACUUACUGACGACAAGAAAACUAGUGACGACACACCAAGGUCAUCUUCUUGAUGACAUUAAUUAUAUCAUUAUUUAUUAAAAACAGUCAUUUUGAUAUGAUAAACUUGUAUCAAAAACAGGGUGCUAUUACAUAAUAUAUUAUUUAAGAUUUAUGUGACUUAGAUUCUACAUAUUAUUGCUAAUGUUUUAGUAUUGCGUGUACUGUUUCUCUGUUUGCUAAUGAUCUUCUUAAAUUAUAUUAUUUCUCUUUAUAAAACCACAUCCAUUAUUUAUCACCAAAGCUUCAUAUGCAAUGAUCACUGUAUCAGCAUUUAACUUACCAUUAUAAAUUGGUGCUAAAUCUGAUUAAAUGGCAUUCUUACUACAGAUUGAAUUAUUACCUAUAAAUCAUGCUUUAAUUCAGUUCAUAUUUCAGGUUUUUACUCCACUUCAUCUAAAUUAAGUGGCAAGACCCCCCCCCCCUCCCAAAUCUAGUUUUAAUCAGAUAGGGGUUUAUUUACUAUAAAAUAAAAAAAAAUUUGAAGUGUUUUAUAAAAGGAACAUGACAUGUGUAACUAUUACCCUCUCCAUUUAGAAUUUAUCUAAAUGUAUUAAAUAUAUAAAAUAAUGCAUUUUUAAAAUUUAAAGAUACAUUAUGGGAGAUUAGAUAAAGAGCUGGUGGUUCUCACUAUAAUAGUUAAAAACUAGAUAAUGUAAAGGGAAUUUGCUGAAAAUUUAAGUCAAAUUGAUCCACCCUGAACCAAGAAUUUAGCGAUUGAAUUUUGGGCUUAGCCUCAAUCAUUACUAAAGUCGGUACGAUAAAAAAACAUAGUCUCGAUUAUCCAUUUUCUGAUUUAAUCAUGAAUUAGUGUUGAGCAGCAGAUCAGAUCCUAAUCCAGUAAAUAUCGCAGGCUAGCGAUGACAUCGAGAGUUGAUUAUGGUCUGGAUAUGUUGAUUACUGUCUAAUUAAUAAUUUAGAUAACAUUUCAGGCCUAAAUAAAGACCUGCAAUAGGCAGGCUUAGCUCUUGCAUAAUGUAUGUUUAGUUGAGCUGAUUCACUUUACUAAUUACCAAGAAAAUGGAUAUUUAGAAAUAAACAAGUAGUGCAAUGGAGAUAGUUUAUGCACAUGUAAUACUGAUUUAUGCUCCCAUCUUAAAACCCUUUAUAUGUAUUAAUGAUUUGUUUGCUGUCAGACAAUACAUGGAAACAUUGUCAAGAAAACUUCCAGCUUUUUAACAAUGCAAAUAUUGUGUUUAGAAGUAUUUCCCUUUAACAAGAAAGUAUAACUUGAUGUGAGUUAAAUUGUUUAAGCGACAUUUAGUAACUGGAUUAGAAUAACACAACACAAUUAUAUGGAAUACAAGUUACUUAAAGGAUUUAUUUCAGCGACAUUUUGAAAAGGGUUCUCACGCUUUAUCAUUCUUCGCUAGAAACAUCACCAGAAAUAAAUCUUUAAAAUAUCUUGUAUUCCAUAUAAUUGUGCCAUGUGUUAUUGAUGUGAGUUAUUAUCAAGUAAAGAAUAGUUAUAGAGAUAUACAAUAUCUAUCUUUGAAUCAGUUCAAUAGUAUGGUACGUUUUGGUUUGGUUAAAAGUUGUUAUAGAUCUGCCAUAAGUUAACUUACAUCUGCUUUUGUUAAAGAAUAUUUAUGGUUGUUAUUGCAUAGUUGUUAGUUUUUAUUUUAGGAUAAACAUAUAAUAAGUGAACUUCAACAGUGUUAUAGUACAAAUUUUAUGCACACAUCAGUAACAUAAAAUUUUAUUUUAAAUGUUUUUUCGAAGUGUAGUUUACUAAGUAAACAUAGUAACACCAUGCAGAUUUGAAAAUUUUAUUUAUUUGAUCUAAUUUUUAAUACCCAAAUCAAGCACAAAUAUAUUGAUCCGACUUGGUUGCCUUCUUUGCUUUUCAGUGCUUAACCCUUAACAGCUACAGUACAUAAUAUAGGCAUCCUUAAAUAUGUUAUGCGAACAGUACAUAAUAUUGCAUACCAAAGAUACUCAAAUGAAUAUCCCACUUCAACCUUGAGCUUUGGCAAUGUUUUGAUAUGAGUUACUUAUUUUCAAAAGCAACUGAAAUUCCACCUAUUCCUGUUUUCUGAUAAAAGAUGCCUUUUCAUUUAACUGUUAUUAACAGCCAUUACAUGAAUUCUUGAUACAAGUAUGGCACAAUUGGGUGGUAGGAUGACUUGAUAGGCAUUAAAAUAUUAAUUUAUUUUUAUUUUCCUAUUGAUUUAAAAACAAAGAAAAUAUGUUAUCAUAUUGAAAUCUUAGAAAAAUUAUCAUAAUAAAAUAUAUGUUUUUCCAAACAAUUUAUGAUUUUACCACGAUAUAUUUGAAAUGUGCGGUUUUCAUGUUUGAACGGUCGAUACCAAUACCAGAAAAGAGACGACAAUUUAUGUUCACAUGGUAAAUGUGACAGGAAAUUGUUUCUGAAAGAUAACAUUUAUGAACUUAUCUUGGUAAUGUUUUUAUCCCAAAAUUUUUUUGUCUCUGAUAUUGUCUCAGAUUUGCAAACCAGACAUUUUAUUCAUUAUCAGAACUAUGACCUGUUGUUACCUAAUAUUCCAAAAAUUAUGAAAGUUAAGCUUUUUGUGUAUUUUAACAUAUAAGCUUUCAAAAAAUAUAUAGUAUUUUUCAAUGCGAAUAUUGACAUUAGUUCUGUAUAAAAAGAGUGCAUUUUAAGUUGGAAAACUGUAGUGUUAAAGGUUAAACUACCAUGAUACAAAUAUUUAAUUGUCCUAUCUUGAUAAUGCAACUAUUUGUUCUACAGAAUGUAUGAAGUCUAUUUCUACAAGAUAAUGCAAUAAAAACUACUAAAUGAAGGACAAUACAUGGAAACAUUGUCAAGAAAACUUCCAGCAUUUAUGUCUGAUACAGGUUAAAUAUCUGCUAUAAUUUACAGCUUUUCUUCAUUUAAAACAAAAAUUGUUUAUGAUGUGAAUGAUAGAAUAAAUGAUUCAAAUGUAUUGUGAGAUUGAGUGAAUAUCUGAAGCAAUAUUUUUAUAUCUCUAUGCAAUAUAAAAUGAUUUAGAAACUCCAAAGAGGAUUGUAGGGCAUUAACUGAGCCCUUAAAUACUGUAUAUCUCCUCACCAAAAACCCAUUGUUGUGAUUCCAUGGCUUGGAUUGCCAUUGUCAUCUUGUUGUGUAUAUCUUAAUUAAUCCUUAUACUAUUAUUAAUUAUUAUAUAUAAUAGAUUACUUAAUGUAUACUUUCCCUAUAAAUGUAUAUAUAUUUGAAUAUAAAUAAGUAUACUCAUGUAUUUGUACAUAAGGAGCCAAGAAGCUUAAUUUAAUAUUUUAGAUUGGUAAAUAUAGAAUCAAAUUCACAGAACCAGUUUUAGUCUAUGAGUAUCAAAUACUCUAGUGCUUAUUGUAAAUAAUAUGUUCAGUUGUUUUAAAUAUUGUACAUGUUCAGUAUUUUCUUCCAAUUUAAAUGGCAUCCACAUCAUGCUUUAUUACUAUCUUUCAUUUAUUUUAAUAAAUCAACCAUUUUAUAGAUCUGUAUUAUUAUUUUAAUAUGUUUAUUGCAAUAUUUUUAGCUCUUUCUCCUUCUCUCUCAGUUAUAAUUUAUAAUUAUGUUCACCCAUAGAAUAUAUUGUAUUUUAUAUCAUGUGAACCAUUAUUACGCAUAAAUUUAUUAAGGUUGUAAAUGAAUGUUUUGUAUAUAUGUGUAGAUAAACCACCUAAUUAAAUCAACCAAUUAUUAUUAUUAUUAAUUACAUAAUUAAUAGUAAAAACCUCUGUGUUCAUAUUUUAAAGAACAAGUCUUUUUAUAAUUUAUUUGGAAUCGCAACAAAUUGUAUAUUUAUUAUCCUCAAAAUGACUGCUUUAUACUUCUGUUUAGAUCUUUUAUAUCUACUGUAACUUCCUUUAUUUUUUCAAACAUGAACAAAUUUGUAUGCCUUCAGCUUUUUUUUUUCUUGUCAUAUUUUUCUGUUUUGUUUUGUUUGUUAUUCUGUUUGUAAUUGCUUUUUUAUGCAAUUGACAUGUACAGAACUUGACCCCAACCCCUUCAACCAUAUCAUUAAAAUAACAUUUAAACACAUUAAACCAGCUGAAGGCUGUUUAUUAUUGUUAUGCUUGGUAAUAACUCAGUUUAAAAGAGCUGUUACUGAAAUAAAAUCGUAGACUUUUAA